AUGAAGCAAAGCCCACGACGAGGAGGAAGACCGAUCCGGGUAAGUGGAGGCGACGUGGUCCCAGUCGGCGGAUUUCAGAUUGGUGCGGCGGAGAGCGAACCAGCGGUCGCGGUAGGUGAGGAUGAGGGAUCGGGCCUCAUCCCGAGUCCAGCAGGGGGGUGGGAUCCGGCGGGAUUUGGGGAGGGCGGUGGUGACGACCGUGGAAAUGGUUGGGUUGCUGUGGCAGAGUACAGGGGAGUGCAGCAGAGACCAGGGAGAAAAUGGGUGGCGGGUGAAAAGGUGAAGCCCAACAAGUACAGGGGAGUGCAGCAGAGACGAGGGAGAAAAUGGGCGGCAGAGAUUAGUGACCCGCGUCGCGUGGUUCGGGUUUGGCUCGGGACGUUCCAGACGGAGGAGGAGGCAGCCAGGGCUUAUGACACGGAGGCGAUCAAGUUCCGAAGAGAGAGAGCAGAGCCAUCUUUCUGA